UCACAGGCUUCAGGCUGCCCUUAUAAAGUUGUUCCACUUUUGCAUACUUCCUCAUACUGCUGGAUUCUCAGUGAAGAUGAAGCUCCUCAUUUACACCGUCUUGCUGAAGACAACUCUCCUUGCUUUCACAAAUGCCUCUGCAGUAGUUUUAGAAGAUGAAGAGAAUGCUAAAGAAGCAAAAGUUACGGAGACUUGUCCUAUAAAGCUCAAAACUAAUCGGAAAUGUGAUGAAGGAGAGGAUUGUCCUUAUCAGAUAAAUCUGCCUCCGAUGACCAUCCAGUUACCCAGAGAAUUCAGACUGCUUGAGAAGACUCUCAAAGAAGUACAGAGCCUUAAAGAAGCAGUAAACAAGCUGAAGAAAUGCUGCCAAGAUUGCAAGCUGCAGGCAGAUGACAACCAAGAAAGAGACAGUAGUAAUGAAUUGCUGCUACCUAAUGCAGAAACUUCAGCAGCAAACAGUGAAAUCCAAGAUAACAGAGUAAAGGAACUGCAAAGCAAAGUUAACAGAAUGGCAACCAGCUUAAAAAAUGCAAAGAGUCAGAUUCAGACACUGCAGGGUCGUUUAGAGAGGUUGAGCCUCAUAAAUAUGAACAAUGUAGAACAUUAUGUUGACAGCAAGGUUGCAAAUUUAACGUUUGCUGUGAACAACCUGGAUAACAAAUGUUCUUCUAAGUGUCCAGCAAUGCAACCAAGACCUGUUAUACAAAUAAUGCAGAGAGACUGUGCUGACCAUUACGCAGCAGGCAGAAGGAGUAACGGAAUCUACAGGAUUAGUCCUGACCCCAGAAACGAGAGCUUUGAAGUUUACUGUGACAUGCAAACAAAUGGAGGUGGCUGGACAGUGCUGCAGCGGCGUCAGGAUGGCAGCACUAACUUCAACAGAACCUGGAAUGACUACAAAAAUGGCUUUGGAAACCUCAGCAGGGAGUUUUGGCUGGGGAAUGACAAAAUUCACCUCCUGACAAAGAGCCAGGAGAUGCAACUGCGAAUUGAUCUCGAAGACUUCAAUGGAAUCCGAGAGUACGCGAAAUACGAACACUUCUACGUGGCCAACGAGUACCUGAAGUACCGCCUAAGCGUUCACGGCUACAGCGGCACAGCAGGAGAUGCCCUUCACUACAGCAAACAUUACAACCACGACCAAAAGUUCUUCACAACUCCAGACAGGGACAAUGACAGGUAUCCUUCAGGAAACUGUGGCGCCUACUACAGCUCUGGCUGGUGGUUUGACGCGUGCUUGUCGGCCAACCUCAAUGGCAAGUACUACCACAAGAAAUACAAAGGGGUUCGCAACGGCAUCUUCUGGGGUACGUGGCAUGGUGUUUCUGAUGAUAUUCCCACUGGAUAUAGGCAAGCCUUUAAAUCAGCAAAAAUCAUGAUCAGACCCAAAAGUUUUGUGCAGUGAUUUUUGUGAGGUUACAUUUCUCUUCACUAGUUUGCGUUGGAUUGCACUCAACAACAUACUUACUCAGUAUUAUACUCAGAAUUCAAGUAUUCAGUUAUGUUUGGCAUAAAAUUGUUCUAGACAAAGCAACAUACUUCCACAUAAUUUUUUAGAGACAGUUUGACCCAUAUAAUGUAUUAAAACCAGCAUGAAAGUAUCUGAAUAGUUACUGCUAAAAUUUAACACCGAUUAAGUCUUGAUAUCAUUAUGUAAAUAUUCUAAACAUUGCUUUUGGAGCUUUUACUGACUGUGAUAUAUCACAUUCUAUGGCUGAAAACUUAAAAUGGUCUUCCAUAAAUUGUGUCUGAAUGGAUACCUAUAUUUUAACCUGAACACAAUUCAUAGGUGUAAUUAAUAACAUAUAAAUGUGUCAACACUUAGAAUAAAAACUAGUCUCUCUGGAACAGCCCGACUUUUUCUAUGAUCUAUCCUUUACAACUUCAAAGGUAUACCAUGGCAAUAUCAAUAUAAAUUAGGAAAAGAACUACAAAUUAUUAUUUUUAAAUGACUAGAAAAACAGAGGGCCACAUAGUUUGCCCAAAGAUAUGAAAAAAGGCCUUGGAGAAAACUUAGGAAAUGAAGAUGAUUCCUCAAAUCUCAUUCUCUUUUAUCAAAGCUUUUUCAAAGAAGUUGGUGGAAGAAUUGAAUAAAAGCAGUGAAAAUAAUUAUAGAAUCAGAGAAUCAUUUAAUUUGGAAAAGAUCUUUAAGAUCAUCAAGUCCAACUGUUAAUAUAGA